UCAUCCGGGGACUUCCCGGCUUCACCAAGCCGAUCCCGCGGCGGCCCCGCCCACUCGACCGCCCUAGGACGUCACCAGCAACAACAGCCCGAAAGUUAAUAACCGAUGGGGAACGCCGACUUCUCCUCUGCCCCGGUGUGCCGUGAAACGAGGCGCGGAACUAGCGGAGUGCGUGCGAAUCGUAACCCCUCGCGGAGAACAGUCGCGUUUCCGUACACACAAGCACACAGCGACCACACUACAUAAACGUGAGGCAGAGGGGGACACGUGACGACGGCUGAGCCAAUCGCAGCAAGGGAGGCGUGGCCCGGGGACGUGCCCUGUGGCGUGCUGGGGAGAGCUGUGCGCACUUGGCUAAGGGCUGCUGCUGGAGAGGGAGUUACUGCACCUGUGCUGCCCGGUGACUGUGGGGUAUACUCAGCCUCUGUGCACACCAUGUUAGCGAGACCACUGCUCUUCUCUCACAUCCAGGCUGAGCCACCACUGUGUGUCCCAAUCACAGAGGCUCGCAGAGGGUAAGCCUCUUACCAGCCAGUGCCCCCCAACUUGCCAGCACCCACCCAUUCAGCAGCACUACCACCAUGUCCUGUCUCUGGACUUGACUCCUUUAUAUCCAUCUGCUGCCUGGACAGGGGUGCAAUCCUAUUUAGUACCCCUUACUCCCGUCUGCCAUUCUCUUGAGGGCCAUCCGUAAAAAUAAAAUGGGGGUGAAUGCUGUCCAUUGGUUCAGGAAGGGGCUCAGGCUGCAUGACAACCCGGCCCUGAAGGAGUGCAUCCAGGGAGCUGACACCGUCCGCUGCGUCUACAUUCUGGACCCCUGGUUUGCUGGAUCAUCCAAUGUGGGGAUCAACAGGUGGAGAUUCCUACUGCAGUGUCUUGAAGACCUUGAUGCUAAUCUGCGGAAAUUAAACUCCCGCUUGUUUGUGAUCCGCGGGCAACCUGCUGAUGUGUUCCCUCGGCUCUUCAAAGAAUGGAAAAUCAGCAAGCUGUCUAUUGAAUAUGACUCUGAGCCGUUUGGAAAAGAGCGAGAUGCCGCAAUCAAAAAACUGGCGAGCGAAGCCGGCGUGGAGGUCAUUGUACGCAUUUCACACACGUUGUAUGAUUUGGACAAGAUUAUUGAGUUAAAUGGUGGACAGCCACCUUUAACUUACAAAAGAUUUCAGACAUUGAUCAGUAAGAUGGAGCCAUUGGAAAUCCCAAUCGAGGCCAUCACAGCCGAUGUCAUGAAAACGUGCAGUACGCCUUUAUCCGAUGAUCAUGAUGAAAAAUAUGGCGUCCCGUCCCUAGAGGAAUUAGGUUUUGACACUGAGGGAUUGCCAUCUGCCGUGUGGCCCGGAGGAGAGACUGAAGCCCUGACUCGCUUAGAGAGGCACCUGGAAAGAAAGGCGUGGGUGGCAAAUUUUGAAAGACCUCGCAUGAAUGCCAACUCCCUUCUUGCAAGCACCACAGGGCUCAGCCCUUACCUACGGUUUGGAUGUCUCUCCUGUCGCCUCUUCUACUUCAAAUUAACAGAUUUAUACAAAAAGGUAAAGAAAAACAGCUCGCCUCCCCUUUCUCUGUAUGGCCAGCUCCUCUGGCGUGAGUUUUUCUACACCGCGGCCACAAACAACCCCCGCUUUGAUAAAAUGGAGGGCAACCCCAUAUGUGUUCAGAUUCCCUGGGAUCGAAACCCUGAGGCGCUAGCAAAGUGGGCAGAGGGACAUACAGGCUUCCCGUGGAUUGAUGCGAUUAUGACGCAGCUGCGACAAGAAGGUUGGAUCCAUCACCUAGCACGGCAUGCGGUGGCUUGUUUUCUCACAAGAGGGGAUCUCUGGAUAAGUUGGGAAGAAGGAAUGAAGGUCUUUGAAGAGCUUUUGCUGGAUGCAGACUGGAGUGUAAAUGCUGGGAGUUGGAUGUGGUUGUCCUGCAGCUCAUUUUUCCAGCAGUUUUUCCAUUGUUACUGCCCAGUUGGUUUCGGAAGAAGAACUGAUCCCAAUGGGGAUUACAUUCGGCGUUACUUGCCGAUUUUGAAAGGUUUCCCACCAAAGUAUAUCUACGAUCCUUGGAAUGCUCCAGAGGGAGUGCAGAAAGUUGCAAAAUGUAUUAUUGGGGUAAAUUAUCCCAAACCAAUGGUGAAUCAUGCUGAGGCCAGUCGCCUGAACAUCGAACGGAUGAAGCAGAUCUACCAGCAGCUCUCUCGAUACAGAGGACUUGGACUCCUUGCAUCAGUGCCUUCAAAUCCCAAUGGGAAUGGAAAUGGUGGUCUUAUGAGUUAUGCUGCAGGGGACAACUUACCCGGCUGCAGCAACAAUGGAGCAUCUCAAAUGGGGACUAAUGAGGGAAACUCUACCAGCAAUUCAAAUAACCAGGGAGAGAAUUCUUCUGGAAAUGGAAAUGUUCAAGGAUUCUGGCAAGGGAGCAGCAUCCUGCAUUACAACCAUGGAGACAGCCAGCAGUCCUACUUAUUACAAGCAAGGAACACUAUGAACUCUGUAGUUUCUUCUGGCAAACGUCACAACCUAGAAGAGGAGACACAAAGUGUAGGACCUAAAGUCCAGCGGCAAAGCAGCUACUAACAUGAUGCUGGAAAUUACCACGUUACCUGUAGAUGAUGAUUUUGUCUGAACUUUGUAUGUAAAUAUCUCACAAGAUAAGAGGACAGCAAUUUCUCGAAAGUGUUAUGGACUGUUGUAAGCAAAUCAGUCUGAAAACUCAAUUUAUCGCUGCAUUUCUAUUUUUAUCUUUUAAAAAUUUCAGUAAACUGGGUUUUUUUGUACAUAUUUCUGUAAGUAUUUGUUGACAAUUGCUUCACCAAUGUGUAAAUAUGGAUAUCUGAACUAGGAAUAGAUUAUUUUUUUAUAAUAAACUGUGUAUGGCAAGAAAAGAAAAAAAAGUGAGUUUCUCUAUAAUUGUUACCCUAUGUUGUUCGCAGUGUUCCGUUUCGGGGCCUCUUCAUUAAAUUCUUAUCAAAUUAUUAAUCACCCGUUAGCUAUAACAUGUAACAGUUUCUUGCUUAUCUCGGAGUUUGCCAUUUUGUGAGCUAAGCUCAUGUUUGAAAAUCCAGUGUACCAAUUUGCCAGGAAAUGACAUCAUAUAAGCCAAAGGGACUGUGGAGGUUAAACCAAUAGUCAGGGUAUUAAUUCCCUAAGAACCAGUAUGUUACGCUAAUCAUUCAUUGCUAGGUGAUUGGCUGAAUAUUGUUUGGAGCCACUAAUCACCUCCACAGCGUGCAGACCGCAAGGUACACUUUAAUUUCAUCCAUGAUAUUUACACAAGAUUGGAAAGCAUUUAAAAGAAAAUGUGUUUUACUAUGUCUUUCUAUGCUCUUAUUUUUUCAUUAAAACCGAUUCAGUACUUAAUGUCACUCAAAUGUGUAUUUAAUUAAUAAAUAUGUAUAAAUGUGUAUUUUAAUUAAUGAAAAAUACUUUGAAAUCUGUGGCAAUGUAUAAAAAUUGUCCUCAAGUCCCACACUGAAUAAUAUAUACUACCAGAUUCACUUUACCUAGGAGACUGUUAAUCCUUAAUCUACAUCAUUUAUCCCAUUACUGAGCAAUUUAGAAUACAGGUUUGUCCAUCAUGAGAAGCCAUUUUAGGCUUGGAAAGGCUCUUGGCAGUUUCUUCUAAAGCAGGCAUGGCCAACCUAUGGCUCUCCAGCUGUUGUGAAACUACAAGUCCCAGCAUCCUCUGCCACAGUUUUGCUAUUAGGGAAUGCUAAAACUGUGGCAAGGCAUGCUGGGAUGUGUAGUUUUACAACAGCUGGAGAACCACAGGUUGGCCAGGCCUGAUCUAAAAGGAAUGCGUAUGUAUGAUGAUGCUUCCCAAAAGCUUUCUCAUAUUUUAUGAUGAUAAAUGACUUGCACUUACAAUAUAUUUGCACGUGUACAUGUACAGUAUGUGAAAGUUAUCCACAGCUGGGUGUGUGUGUGUGUUAUGUACAGUCUGGGUUUACCAGCUAAUGCUGGUAAACCCAGAAGUUGUAUUUGCUCUAAGAGGAGACGUGAUGUUGGCUCUGAAAUCAUCAUAAUCUAAUGAUGACCAAAAAAAAUGUUUUAUAAAAUAUUUAAAAUUGCUGUCAGGUUGACACUGGAAAGCCUAGAAUGCAACAUUAUACUGUAAUAUGGUAAUGCAGCAUUGGAUUGGGGACCAGAUGUUUUUCAGAACGUUAUUUUUAAUGAUGAGGCCCAAGUUUUACAUUAGAAUUUUAAUAGGAUAUUUAUUUCUGUAUUGUGUUAAGUUUUUACGGUCACUGAAUCUGAAGUAAGCAGGCUGCAAGUGGUUCUCAAGUUGUUUUAAGAACUAUGCAUGCUGGCACUUAUAGUUCCACAACAGCUCGAGUCCAUAGCAGUCUAGUUUAGAUCUUUCCUUGCCCAGAUAUCUGGAAUUCUGUUCUAGCUUGCCUCUAGCUAUUGCUGCAGCCAGUGUUCCUGCAGUAUAACUUUCCGGGUUAUUUUGUUUUAUUUUUUAUACUUUUUUAUUUUUAUUUUCCUUGUCAUUAAGAAUCUGCAGCUGUGUAUAUUGCUUGCAUGCCAAUUUCUCCUUUAAAACCUGUACUGCUGUUCUGUACCUGUUUUGUCCUUUAUUUGUACACCCAUUUGCCUUUUUUUCAUUUUUAAACAAAUUCUAAUAAAAAGAAAAUAUUUUGCAA